AUGGAUGUGCACAGGAGAAGGGUUGGGGUUACAUGCAGUGUGGUUGCAGGGUCAGUGUGGGAGAGCAGAAUGAAGAAUGAUGAAGUUGGUGUUGGAGUUAAGGUCUUCAUUGGAGAACAAGGUUCUGGGGAAGGAGGCAAUGGUGACACAAGAUUGAAGAGAAGCCAAACCGGGGCUGUAGUUUCCACUGGAAAGAGAAAAACUUGGAAAUCGAAAAGGUCUGAGGGGUUAGAAAAUAAACAAAUUCAAAUUGCCAGAGGAAAAGUAGAACAAUGUAAGGACCUUAAUAUAUCUUCCGAUUCAAUAAAAAAGAGCCCAAUUCAGAGCCCAAUUCAGGUUAGGAAGGUGAAGAAUGAAGGAAUUGGUGCUUCUGUUAGUUCUGAUAAAUUAGAACGAAGCCCAAUUCACACCAGGAGGAAAAGAUCUGAGGAAGGUGAAUCUAGUGAAAAGAAUAUUGAGCAGCUCAGAAAGAAGAUAUCAGAUUCAAUUAAGAAUGUUGGUAAUGAAAAUGGAGAUAAUGCAAUACAGCUUAACAAAGACAAAUCAGAGUUUGAUCAUGUUUUGGAUGAAUCAAGGAAUGAUGGAUUGGCUGGGGGAUCUGGAAGAACUGUAAUUGACAAUGGGAAGAAUGACGGUGAUGAAAAUUGCAAGGAUUUUGGUGCGUGUCAAGAGAAGGUCAUUUCUAGCAGUUCAGAUGAUGCUAGCAUGGUCAAGUGUUCACCAGUGCAUGUUGAUGGUGAUUCUGAUGAUGAUGAUGAUGAAGAAGAAGAUGAGGAGGAGGUAGAGAUGAAUGAUGAGGAGAUUGAUAUUGAGAUGGAGAAAGAGAGCUUUGAUGUUAAGGAAAUCAAUGUAUCAGAAUCCAAGGUUGUGAAUGAGCCAGAAGAGAAGUUUGAGAAUGUACCAGAAAAACAGAAGAUUCUGAGCGAACCAGAACCUAAAACGGUUUUGAGCACCGACAGACAAUUUCAUCAGAAAACCGAAAGGAUACUGUCGGUCCCUCUAACAGUCAAGCCAUCUCCUCCUCCCAUUAGAAAGCUCUCCACAAUGCAUCAAAAUUUCUCCAAGGCUGAUUCAAUUCAAAAGGCAGAACAGUACUGUAGCUUUCCACAAUCACAGAACAAACUGCAGAGUCUAGUGGAUUUAAUCAUGUGGAGAGAUAUCUCAAGAUCAGCAUUUAUCUUUGGGAUUGGAACAUUCACUGUAGUUUCAUCUUCUUAUGCAAUGGACAUCAAUCUGAGUCUAAUUUCUGUAAUGUCCUAUCUUGGUCUUGUCUAUCUAGCUGUUAUCUUCCUCCACAGAUCACUAAUAUGCAGGGGGGUCAUAGAUGUAGAGAGCACAAACUAUGUACUUGGAGAAGAAGAAGCAAUUUGGGUGCUAAAGUUGAUCCUUCCUUACUUGAAUGAAUUUCUGUCACAACUCAGAACCAUGUUUUCUGGAGAUCCAGGUACCACAAUAAAGUUGGCAAUAUCGUUAUUUGUUCUUGCUAGAUGUGGCAGCUCCAUAACCAUUUGGAAGAUGGCCAAAUUCGGCUUCUUUGGAUUGUUUACUGUGCCAAAAAUCUGCUCCUCCUAUUCUGCACAGUUAACUGCAUUUGCAAACUUUUGGAUUCGUCGAUGCCAUGAUGCUUGGGAUUCUUGUUCUCACAAAAAGGUUGUCGCUUUUGGCAUUUUUUGCCUUGUUUGGAAUUUGUCAUCACUUGUUGCUCGCAUUUGGUCAGUGUUUGUGCUAUUUGUGGCCUUUAGAUAUUAUCAACAACAUUAUUUGGUAGGAGAUGAAUGGGUGGAAGAUGAAGCAGGAUGUGGUGGUGAAACUUGGCAAGAACCUGUUGUUCGGGUUAACGUUGGAAUGCAGAGACAACGGGCACCCAAUAUGUUUGAAACACAAAAAGUAAAGAAAGGAUUGUAA